AUGAAGCACAUCGCGUUGGAUUACCACUUUGUUCAGGAAAAAGUUGUUGAUGGUUCUCUUAAAGUUUCUCAUAUUAACACUCACUCCCAAUUGGCUGAUGUCCUUACUAAACCUCUCUCCAAAGGAAUACUUGGAGUUGACGAGAAAUCAAUGCUAGAGAUCUUAGUAAAAUGGCAUCCAGAAGACUUGACAGCUUUUAAGAAUGAAAAGUCUUCCAUCUUUGUUAAGGAUAAAUACUUCUUGUUUGAGAGAUGGCAAGAUUAUCAUAUUGCAUUUCUAGUAGAGGAAUUUCUGCGUUUUCAGCUUUUGGUAGCACUUGUAAGUACGUACAAAUAUGAAGGAUCACGAAUUAAUGAUGUGGCAGUUAGAUCAGAGGCUAUAAAACUUGGUAUAGCCAUUAAUAGACAUGGUGAAAAGAAGAAGCUAUUCAAAGAUGAAGAGACUGUAAGGAUUCUAGCAACAAGAAGCAAGCCUCAUCUCAAGGCCAUCUUCAAAUGUUACAAGGAGACUUUUAACAAGAACAUUGAAGAGGAUCUUGAUGAGCCAAGUUUGAAGGACACGAUUUAUUGCUUGUAUGCUCCUCCGAUGUAUUUCAGUAAGAUUUUAGAUUCGGCAAUGAAAGCUAGUGCAAACAAGAAUGAAAAAGAAGCCCUAACUCGAGUUAUUGUAACCCGAGCCAAUGUUGAUAUAAAGGUCAUUGCUGAGGAAUAUAACAACCGAUAUGGAACUCCUCUAACCAAGAAGAUCAAAGAUGUAGCUCUGGGAAAUUAUAAAGAUUUCUUAGUCACGUUGGUCGAAAGAGCUAGUUAA